GACAAACAAGCCUUAGUUGAAGAUGCCUUCGGUCGUUAAAAGCGUCGAGACUCUAUGGGACAGAUGGAAUUUCAGAGGACUGAUUGGUCUGAGCCUCUUGCUGCAGUCUUUCUUAAUUCUGUCUGCACCAUUAAGGAAACAAAUAGGGGACAGAUGGGUCAUCAUGACUUUUAUCUGGUUGGCAUACUUGCUUGCAGAUUGGGUUGCUACAUUUACUAUUGGACUCUUGUUGCGCACAGAACGCAGUGACAUCCUGACCCUUUGGGCACCCUUUCUUUUGUUGCAUCUUGGUGGGCCUGACACCAUUACUUCCUUCUCUCUAGGGGAUAAUAACUUCUGGAUCAGGCACUUGCUUGGGCUUAUCUUACAAGUUGGUUCAACUAUCUAUGUCAUCUUUGAGCAGUCAGUCCCGCAGAACAAGCUCUUGCUCCCAACCCUCCUAGUAUUAAUGGCCGGAAUAAUUAAAUAUGCAGAGCGAAAUUGUGCUUUUUAUCUUGCAUGCUUUGACCAUUAUGGAGAUAAGGUAACAAAUUAUUCCGUUCUCGAAGAAAAUGCAGUUAAGGCUGAUGAGAACGACGGUUCCAAUUUACUAAAAGAAUUGACACCAGAUGGCACUACCAAGAAUCUACUUGUUGGGCCUCUUCUAUCUCCAGAACGACGAGCUUUCAGCAAAAACGCCUUUCUUAAAAUGUCUCCACAAGAGGUCCUUCGGAUGAUAGAGAUUGAGCUAAGCCUCUUGUAUGAUGCUCUUCACACCAAGUUUCCAAUUGUUUAUUCUAAGAUUGGACGUGUUUUCCGGAUCAUUAGUUUGGGUUGCAUUUUUGGAGCCUUGUUGUCAUUCUCAUUAGUUAGGAAGCACUACAAGUUGGGCAAGUCUGAAAUCUGGCUAACCUAUGGUUUGUUGAUUGGAGCCAUAACAUUGGAUUUCAUAUCCAUUGGAUUACUUAUUUUUUCUGAUUUUAAUUUUCUAAAUCUGGAAAUCAAAAAUAUGGUCCACGAUCUGAAGAAAGAAAAUAAGGGUAAUAGAGUCAUGAAGGGGCGCAGGUGGUCCAAGAGAAUCUCCCAGUACAACUUUAUAGCCUAUUUUAGAGGAAGUCAAACUCUCUAUUUUAGAGGAAGUCAAACUCUUCGUUUCAUAAGGUUCCAUUUGUACGCCACCUGUCCAAAAAUUAGUGAAGACAAAGUGUGGCUCUUCAUUUUUGAAGAACUGAAGAGGAAGGCUAAGCUUGCAAAGACCGCAGAAAUGGGCAAGCAAAUUUGUUUGAAAAGAGGUGAUGGAAUUCUUGAAAGCAAUAAAAACUAUCGGCACCUCAUCUGGAGCAUCAAGGGUUUAGAUUACACGGCAAGCCUUCUAACAUGGCAUUUAGCCACUGAAUUCUGCUAUCUUGAUAAGCUCUGCAAAUGUCCUACAUGUAAUAUUCAAGGGAUAUCCAAGUUACUCUCCGAUUAUAUGUUUUACCUUCUAGAGAUGCGGCCCGCUGUAAUGGCCACUGUGUCCCUUGAUCGGAAAGAUGUAUUGAGAAAAGCAAUGGACGAUCUAAGACGACAUUUUUCCAACAACAUUCAAGAUUUGGGGUGGGAAGAAAUGUCGAAAGCAAUCUUUGCAGAAGGACCAGAGUUUGAUCCGCUCCUUCCUCCUGGCUGCGAAGAACAAUCUGUUUUCAUUUAUGCACGGAGGCUUGCCGUCCAGCUAAAGGAAAAGAUGAACGACGGCUGUCCCUGUCCCUCAUCCAAGUCAAGGUGGAGAACUCAUCACUUUCGUUUGGUUGUUGAUGAAUCAUUUGGGUCUUGGAACACAAUUUUCAACCGAAGACCGACUUUCAUAUAUUGGUGGUAUUGAUGUUUGAUUCCUAUAUCAGUGUUUUCUUAUCCUUUCUUAAAUAUUGAUUUCCUGAGCUUAUUAAUGUUUUAAAGCGUGUGUAUCUCGAUUUGGUAGUUCAUUGUAUUAAACUAUUGCUGAUUUG